UCGAAAUGAAACCGCAUUAUUUAUUAAAAAACUUAACAAAACUAAAUUAUUUAUAUUCCACAAGACGUUUAACCUUGUCACAAAGAAUAACAUUAUUCACAAAAAAAAAGUCAUCUAAUGCAAUAAAUUUUUGUUUACCGGCAACAACAAUAAUUGUAAAUAACUCCAAGUACUGCACAAAUGCAGAAUUCAACCAAUCUUCUCCUCAAAUAAAAGCCGAAACUUUAUUUAAUUCAUUAAAUUCAUAUUAUCAAAUAAAUGGCUACGUUAAAGCAGAUACGUUGAACGAAUUAUUAGAAAGUGUUGAACGCGAUGAUAAAUUGUCGAAGGAACAAAUAGAAUUCUUGCUAACCUUAUGUAAUCCAAUACGUAUGCCAACUGAAAAUACUGCAGUUCGAAAGGAAUUCUUUGAACGUUUAUGGAAUGUCUUAAAAACUCGAAACCACAUUAACAAAGAAUUAUGCCAUAUAAAAUUACAAAUUUUUAAAGAUAAUCGCGUACCUUUGACAAAUUUUCGUCAAAUAUUGCAGGAGUAUGAAGAAAAUGGGUGCACCACCAGCACACCAGACUUGUAUUCCAAGCUUUUAAGGAUAGUUUGUGAGAGUGGCAAUAUUCAACAGGCAUUAGAAAUUUUAACUGAAAUGCGUAACAAAAAUUUUGCUUUAGCUGAGGCGGAUUUUAAUAGUUUAAUACUUGGACAUGCACGCAGUUUUGAUAUAAAUAACAGCUACAAAAUUUUAGAUAGCAUGACUGCAGCUGGACUGUCUGCAAGCAGUGAAACUCAAACUAUGCUUAUUAUUGCUCAUUUAGAGAAUAAUGAUAUUCCUAAAGCAAAAGAAAUUUUACAUAAGUAUCACGGCCAAUUUAGUGCAGCUCAGAUAUUCAAUAUUCUGAGGUCUUGUUUAAUCGUGGACUUCGAUUUUGAUUUAGAAUUUAUUUCUCAGCUUAUAUUAGAGAUUCCAAAACUGGAUUUAAUAGGGCCCGAGGUACCGACAGCUUUAAAAAGUGUAUGCAUUGAAAUGAUUCACAAUAAAAAAUUACCUGUUGUUUUGAAAAUAAUUUCUACUUUACCAAAUCCGGAGUUUAAUAUAAAUCAAAACACAGACACAUUUGGAAAUUUCCUCCUUCAUCAUAUGUUUGCAAUACGACAUGAAACUGAAGGUAUAAUUGAAGCCUCGAAGCUAUUAAAGGACAGUGGAAAAAAUGAACGCGCCUUGCAUGUUGCAACAGAAAUAGCAAUGAAGCGAAAUCCACCAGUCGCGGUUGAAUUUUUUAAAUCCUUAUCAACAGAAGAACCCUUACGUCCACAUUAUUUUUGGCCAUUACUUAUACAUAAUUUUCGCAAACAUGGCGAAAGUGGAAUAAUACGUACUCUGAAGAUUAUGUCGACAUUACAGGUAACAUGCGAUGAGGAUACAAUCAUUCAGUAUAUUUUACCCAAAUUGUCUAUUAUGCUUAACGAGCCAGCUAAAGCUAUAAAAUUAUUGCAAAAUGCUGGCUUGAAAUCAUCUCAUAUCAUGCCCAUCAUUAUUGAAUAUCUAAUAACUCAAGACAAAUUAGAAGAAGUAUUCGAGCUAUCCGAAUUAUAUCUAUCAAAAUUUGAUAUGACCAAACUGAUUCCAACUUUAAGUAAACAAACUGCCAAUGUACGUGCAAAGAAACGAUAUUUUCAAUUUGCCAAAAUGCUUUCGAGUUUAUUAAAUAGAAAUGAAAAUCCAAAAGUUGAUAUUAUAGGACAAUUACUAAUUCGUAUGCUUGCAACACAAGGACGUAUACGUACUGAUGCCCUAGAGUUUCUAAGAUUUAUAAGACAAAUGCAUAAACACAAUUUAAAAAUAUCUCCUACGGCAGUAAACGUUAUACAAUCAUAUCUAAAACAAUUUGAGAACGAUCAUAGAGCAGAAGAAAUACAGAAGACAUUAAAAGACAUGACUAACAAAAAUUAUAUAUUAUCGGAUGAAAGCGAAAAAUCGUUUGAUUUAAGAACAUCAUCAUUUGCAAAGCAUCCUCGUGAUAUGUCACUAGAUGAGCUUGAAUGUCAUUUAAUUGAAUUAGAAACCAAAAAAUUAAAUACUCGAGGUGUAUUAAGACGUUUAUUGCAGUUAUGUGUACGUGAUAAUCGUCUAGAGCGUGCUUUAGAAAUAAAGACGAAAUGUGAUCAACUUAAUGUAGACAUUAGUCCAGGUAUGUUGGCUAGCGUUUUCGACAUGUACAUUAAAUUAAAAGACUUACCUAAAGCAAAAAUGCAAUUGGAGAAACUGAAGAAGACAUUCCCAGGUUUUCAAAUUGACGAACACAAAAUAAUUGAUUAUGCUGCUUUGUUAGUACACGAUGGUGAACUUGAUGUUGCUAAAAAAUUACUAGAGCAACGUUCGGAAACUCAAAAAAUUUUUGGUGGUGAUUAUGUUCUUAAAAAUGUCUGGAAUUUCCUUACAAAUGUGGCAAAUAUUGCCGCCCAGAUAUCACCUCCUUUGGCUAAAGAAGAAAACAUAACAAAAGAAAAUUUUGAAUUUUUAAAAAAAUUGGGUUAUUGUAAGAUACAUAAUACUCUGUUGGGACCAAUUGUGCGUGAAUAUUUGUUGCGACGAGAUUUAAGAUCUGCUAUUGAGGAAUUUAAGAAGUUAGCUCAGAGAUACAGGCAUACUCCUUUACAAUUUGAAAUACUUUCGUUGUUAGUACGUUUGGGGAACGCUGAUUCCAAAGAAUUCGAAAAUUAUGCUAUAAAUGUAGAAGAUGCUCAAACCCUGUUGCGUGAGGUUAUAAGCACUGUGACAAGUGUUCACGGUCAAACUAAUUUAAACAGUGCUUUAAUAUUGGCGUUCGCUGAAUCUGGUACCGAUAAUCAAUUACGACGCUUAAUGUUAAAUCCUGAAUUUCAUAUAAAUGAAGAACUAUUGCACAAGAAUUGCGAGCAUUUGGGACAGGAGGGUGCAGUGUCGACGUUAAUGCGCCUAGCAAGAGCUUCUCGAAAUCUUCGUACUAUUGAUGAACAAAGUAUAUACAAUAUGUUAUUGAAUAAAUUUGUCAGUAUAAAUAAUUAUUCAGGAGCUUUAGAUCUGUAUGAAUGCCUCGAAGCUGAUGAUGAAUUAAAAAUAUCACAAGAGUUUCUACAAAAUUUAGUUAAAUUACUUAAAUACAAUAAUGUGAAUGUACCAAGCAAUCUAGCGUUAAGAGCACAAGUUAUAUAGUUUGUAAUUAAUUUUAUUUAUUAAUUGAUUAAUUUAUGUUGCAAUUAUCAAUUUUAUAAACCUUGUUAUAGAUGAAUGCUGUUUUUUACAUAAAAAAAUAAAAAUUAAUUGAUCCUCUUUUUCUCAUUACAACCUGUACUUCAUAUGAAAUCUAAACUAAAAUUUUUUGUAAAUAAUUA